CUCAAUUCGUAUAAAAUGUGGACUUUUUGAAAGCGUUGCGAUUUUCAGGACAGCCAUUACGUUCAGGACGUAAACAAGUGUGUCUGAGUUGUGCAGCUGUGACACGGUCGGAAGGUUUUGCAUGCAAUUUCUGAUUUGUAGCAUGCGAUGAUCAUCUUCACUGAGGUUCACACAGUUAUUCACAGUCACCAUCUCUCACUUUCAGGGCAGUAAUCUGUAUGCACACAGCCCCAUGUUAAUCGUCACAUCCAUCACCAUGGCAAUGGAGCCAGAAUAUAAAAUUAUGCACUACGCUGACUGAAUCGGAGGACAACAGAAAAGAAGCCAAAUGUGUUGCCAACAAGUCAUUAGCCAUUUAUCCAGGAUGGAAUUAGAAUUGCAACCACAGCCUUGGGUCAAAUGUGCUAUGGGCACCACAGUUCAGCUGGCACGCAUUCAAGAGCAGAAGCGUAUGGAUCAAGAUACAGAUCAACACACAGUGUACAAUUGAAUUAAAGAAUCAGAAUUCCCUUUCGACUGUGGGUAAACCGAGUGGGCUACACCUCCCCUUCAGUCGUCACACUCCCCUCCCCUCUCCAUGCCCCCAGCGCUUCCCAGUCUCUGGUUCACUCGUCUCUGUUUACCUCUCUGCUAAUCCCUUGCAUUGCGCGCUCUCUCUCUUCCCCACAUUCUCUCGAUCGCUGUCUCUCCUCCCCUUUCAUUCUCAGAGCCAGCGGGCUGCCACACGACCUACACUGCCUGCUACAUGAUCUCGUGGAAAACAGAGCUCCGUGUCUUUGUAGCCGCUUGCUGUUGCUUGAGCCUUUGUAGAUUGCAAUCUAGGAGACAAGGAAAGAUGCCUUCGCGACAACCCUGACUCCUGUCAUCUCCAGAUGCGCCCCUGUCCCCUUUCCUAGUAUCUCGCCCCCUGACCCUUUACCCCAUCCCCUCUCCUCUACCCCUCUCCAAACCUCCCUCUCUUAAUCCCCCCGAUCUCCCCUUCACCUCGCAUCCUCUUGACAAUGUUCUCAUGUGUUCGCUGGUUUCAGCCUUUCCUUGCCUUGCUAUCCUCUACCUUGUUAACUUGGGGGUACAACUGCCCAUCCAGCUGCUUGUGUCCAGACCAUCACACCGUGGACUGCACAGGUCAAGGACUCACCCGUCUUCCAGACUCCAUCCCUUUGGACGUACGGAGACUCCUUCUGUCUAACAACUGGAUUCCCUGGAUCCCUUCUGAUUUCCUGGUUCUCUACAGUGAUUUGGUGUACCUGGAUCUGAGGAAUAACUCCCUAACAAGGCUGGAGCCUGGGACUCUGACCACAUCCUCCAGACUGGUCUACCUGGACCUGGGAAGCAACAACUUGACUGAGAUCCCCUCGGGAACUUUCGGGGAAUCCCGUAGUCUGAUCAAGCUACGACUGGGUAACAAUCCGUAUUUGAAUAUGGUCAGCAAGGACGCCUUUGCGGGCCUCACCUCCUUACGAGAGCUCGAGCUGGAGAGGAAUGCCCUCUCUGGCCUGGACGUUGAGGUGUUGAGCCAGUUGCCUUCUUUGCGGGUGAUACGCCUGGAAGGGAACCCCUGGUUGUGCAAUUGCAACUUUGCCAAACUCUUUCUGUGGCUAUUGGAGAAUCGUCACAAGCUCCCAACUGGGUUAGAUGGUAUGGAGUGCUCUCUUCCAGGGGACGGGCGGCAGGUGUCCCUCAGUGUGCUUUCUGAGGACAGUUUCCGGGAGUGUCGGGGAUUGUUGACUCUCACUGAUUAUCUCAUAGUCAUUUUUUCUGGAAUUUGUAUUUCGGUGGCAGCCAUUAUUGCCAGUUUCUUUCUGGCCUCCACCAUCCACUGUUUCCAGCGGCUCAAAUCCAAAAGGACAGAUGAAGAGGAGGCAGAGGACUGAGGGGACUUAUUGGACAGAAUGGAGAUUACGAAUUACCCAUAAUGCACCACACAGUGGAAGCCAAGGGUUUGGAUAAAGAGGUGAAAAACCUUAUUUCCAUGACAAAAGAACCCUGAAUUAGGCCCCUGUGUGACUAGGGUGAGGCUGAUAGAGCCAUCUCACAUCUCACAACCUUCAUCCAUGAUGCUUGAAUGGAGCAUCAUGUUUUUUAUACUUGAACACCAAUGAUCGAAUUGAGCCUUAAGACUAAAACUGUUCCUGAAAAUGCAGUGUCUCAUGCCCCGUAUUCAAAAGUGAUCAGCAUUAUAUUUUGACAUCAAAUAGCAACAAUGGUCUUUUUAUGGAAAUGUGUGAGUUAAUUACUGUAGUAUUUUCUACAUUUACAGUUAUUUUUGGUAUUGUGUACAUGAAUCUUGCUCAGUUUUAGUAAGGUUUAGCUGCUUGCACUUUAAAGUACAAAUGACAUAUUGCACACAAUCCCAGUGAGCCAUACUGUAAGCCAUUUUUCAUACAGUAAAUCAUAAUGGCACUUAUCACCAAAGAAUUGACAUAAAAUGAGCAUACAUUGUGACAUGUUUUUCAUCUAAAAGUUUCAAAACACCAUUCAAUUCGGUUUUAUUAUAAAUAUCAUAAGACAUGUUUGGUUAUCAACGACUUCAUAAAUGUCAUGCAUACUCUUAAUAUGCUUGCUGUAGUUACAGAUGGGUCGCAAUUAUAUACUGUAUAUCAAGUACUCAAUCAAGGUAUUUUAAAGGCUAAAUUAAAAGGGAGAUUUUUGUCCUUCAUUUUAUGUCGAUUUUGUCUCGUAACAUUCUUUCCUUUUUUACUUUAUGUUAUGACUAAAUAAACAUUGACGCCAAAGUGUUUAAAAAGAUCAAUUAUUAUGCCUUAAUCAUUUUUUUCCACACACAUUGUACCUGAUCCCAAGUGGGUAGCACUCUUUAAAUACAUUUUUAUAUUAUAUUAUGUUAUAUUAUAUUCAGUGUUGGGGAGUAACUAGUUACAUGUAACGGAGUUACAUAAUUUAAUUACAAAAAAAUGUAUCUGUUACAGUUAUUUACACAAAUGCUAACGAUUACAAAGGGGGUUACAUCUAAAUAUUUUCACACACAAAUUUAAUUGAUAUUUUCCCAAAUUGCAUUGACUGCUCUAAAAUAUGAGACACCGAUGUUUCAGGUGUUUUCAUGCUUAUUCGA